AUGCACCAGUCAUUCUUUGCUGCGGCUUUGUGCCUUACACUCUUUACCAUCUGCGCCAAUGCCAGAGCCCAUGAGCGGCUACCCGAGGUCGGGCUACAAAUGCAGAAUGAUCAUGCCAUACAGGAACGAUCCUUAGAGAUGUCCGGAGUGCUAGAUUGGGUUGCUCGCGUGUUUCGGAAGGAUGUCAUAAGACGAGAAGAUCCGUGCCCUGCAAUCCCCGAGGAUCAGGACUCGUACUAUAAUUUCACAUUGGCGCAACCGGACGAACCAGAUUUCUGUCGCCUCUACAUGGACUACCCGAACCAGACUGCAACUGUUGACCACACGCCGACAAGUACCUACUACAGCUUGACGACCAGAACGGUCACGACAACUAGGAACAUCUAUACAACUCCCCACACGACUACAACGGUGACGGAGACCGAGACAAACGGCAUGAAGGCCAAACGUGAAGCACAUGCUCAAAUCACUGCUCGUUCGGAUGCAAAACAAGUGCUGAUCGAUUACACUUUCGACAUGUUCCGACGGCAGCAUGGCAUGCCGAGUAGCGACAACAGCAGCAGUACUAAUGACACUAAGUCAUCUUUGUCGUCUAUGUCCUCCGCCUUCAGCAGUGCUUGUAGUUGUAUGUACUACGUUGGUCCGACUGUUGCAACAGAGACUUUUACGGAUCAAGCAGUUGUCGUGACCAAGCAAGGCGUCAUUCAACCGACAACGACCACCACAAUUGUACAUACUGCACAACCAGUAGUUGCCACUGACACUGUAGUCACGCUGGCUGCCAGUCCGGCAAGCAUCACGAACAGCGCAAGUGCAUCAUCCACGACCAGCAACUCUGUAGAUCUUGCCACGCCAACCUCGCCUGCCUUUAUUUGUCCGGACGACGAUGGUCAAGUUAUCAGCCAGAUGAUGGAUGCUCAACGUUUCGACUACCAGGUCGACUGCUCGACAGAUCUUACCUCUUCGGUAUUUUAUGGCGCCUUAUCUUAUGGUUCUUUCGGCCAAUGCGUUGGUGCUUGCUCGUCCGCUGAUGCAUAUUUUCUGUCACCUGUGUGCCAGGGUGCUUCUUACUACAAUUCGCCAAACCAGGAUGGCUACAAUUGUUUCCUGAAGACUUCCGGCAAUGGUAGUGAACCCAUGAUAGGUGUCGACUCCGCUGUGCUACUGAGGAUCGUCCGAGGUGUGUCAUCUGAAAACAAAGCCGGCACAACAACCGAUGCGGCCUUCGCUACGGAGACCCCUACCCAGGACCCCAGUCAACUCAGCUCUUCCUUCUCGUCGCUGUUGGGCAGCAGCACAUCAAGCAUGCCCGUAAUCACGCCUGGACCUCAGAUGCCAGUCAGUGGCCUUCUCGUCAACGGACCUACCAUUUAUUCCACGUACGUGACCAACGGUAGCACCUUCUCAAGUGGCACGGCCUACUCUACCUACUAUACGAGUAACGGCGUGUGGUAUUCGUCUUACUAUACUUCCUACACAGUCGAGUGGGCCUCAGCCACGACCGAGUAUGCCAUAACGCCAGAGCAGACAGGCGUCUCUCAAGUCAACAGCAGCUCUUCGUCGCAGCAAGAUUCUGGCAAUGGUGGCUAUACAACUGUCACUACUCACAAUACCACGUCGUACAAUUCUACUGGCGACUAUACCAUGUCUGUCACCACUACACAGAGUUACGCAGACAAUGGCACCGAGACCUACUCCUCCGCAACCACGGCUUACUACAGCCAUGUCACGGGUACAGCUGAGGCAGCUAGCGGCUCUGCAUCAAACGGUACCAUCAGCUCAAAAUCUGCUGAGACCACCUCGAUAUUCGUCACUUCGACCCAGACAAUCAUCUCUAAUUCCGCUGGUUCGGGUGCUGCAUCUGGAGGAGCAGCCUCUGGGGCAAUUCCGACUGCUGCACCAUCAACUUCUGCGACUGUGAUAAUCAAUAGCUCUGGCUUUGCAGUGAGCUCGGGCUAUCUAAUAUCCGGUCAAGCCAGUGGCGCAAGUGGAGCUGCCAACGGCUCCGCCUACACGAUUCCGGCAAGCACAACUGUAGUCGGUACAGCCAUCAAAUCCAGCGGCUUCGGCUCAGCUUCUGGCUCUGUGGCGUCGGGAUCCAUCACCAGUACUCCGGCAAGUACCUCGGCGGUAACGAUCAUUAUUGAUUCUUCUGGCUCCGGCUUUGUGUCUGGAGUCGUCGCUUCUGGGUCGAUCACGAGCUCGCCUGCUUCUAGCUCGACCGAGAUCAUCGUUAUCACAAAUUCCACAGGUUAUGGUUCCGCGUCUGGCAUUGCGGCUUCUGGUUCAAUCACAGCUUCGCCUGCUAGUUCGUCGGAAGUAACAGUCAUGGUCAAUUCGACGAGUUUCGGCUCAGCAUCUGGAUUUGUGGCCUCCGGCUCUAUCGCGAGUCUUCCUGUCAGUACUUCGGAAGUCUUGACCGUUGUCAACUCGACUGGUUAUGGCUUAGCAUCAGGCUUUGUGGCAUCUGGCGCCGUCACUAGUUUGUCGGUCAGCACUUCGGAGGUGACUAUGAUUGUGAGUUCCACAAAUUUCGGCUCAGCUUCUGGCUUCGUCGCUUCUGGUUCUGUCACGAGCAUUCCAGCCAGCACAUCCAUCACAGUCAUAUUGAGCACUGGCGGAACAGGUUACGUCUCUGGUGCUGUAGCGUCUGGUUCAGUCACUGGUACAGGGGCAAUGUCUGGUACUGCGGCAUCCGGCUCGAAUUUAGGUUCCAGCUCACCAGUAUCAAGCACUAACGCUCCUCGGUUUGGUUCUGCUUCGCCAAGCCCAUCUUCAAAUAUCACCACUCCAGGUGGCACGUCUCCAUCCUCUACCUCUGGAGCGCCACGGUCUGGUACUGCUCCACCACCAGAGUCAGGAAACAGCACUGUCCCGGCCGGCACAUCUCCAGUAUCUACCACCAAGGCACCACGAUCUGGCACCGCCUCACCAUCAACGUCAGAGAAUAGUACGGCGCUGACAGGCACGUCACCCGUAUCAAGCACUAAUGCGCCACGCCUAGGCACCGCUGUCCCACCAACAGCACCACUCGGUACAGCACCGCUUGCGACUGGUCCAAGUCCAUACAGCACACCAGCCGGCAAUCGUAACGGGACUCUUGCUCCUCCAAUAGCGACAGCUCCAUCACAAUACCUGCCGAGCAACGACACUGUGCCCGCGCCAACUGGUACUGCACCACCUGAGGCGCCGCUUGGCAUUCCACCUCACUAUCACGGACCGCCGAUCUACUUGUCGGCUGCCAGCAGCGGCGCGCCUUCUUUCACAACAAACGACACAACGUCGCCCAGUACAGGCAGUCCGCUUCCGAGCACUUCUGGUGACCUGCGCAGUGGAAGUCAAUCUCCCAGCGUGCCAUUGCAGACAGCGCCGGCAAGCAGUGGAGCUCCAAUGCCCUCCUACAACGGUACUACUGCUCCCAUACCGACAGCUCCAGCAAGCUACAGCUUCCCAACAGCACCUCCGUCCUGCACAAACGCAACACUCGCCACAACAACCAUGUUCGUCACUACAACGGAGUUUGGCUGCUAUGCCUCCUGUCCAGUAUUACCCAACUACGGCGGCCCUCAGUCCUUUGGGGCCCCGGUCUUCAACCACCCACCUCUGCAAACAGGAACAUGGUCGGGAUGA